AGCUGUGGUUAACAGAACUACUCAGAGUGCAAAUUGCACACAACCACCACAGCUGAAGGAGGGGAGGCUGCUGCUGUCAAUGACCCUCUCUUUCAUAGAGAUCAGAGAGAAAAGGGAAACUGUUAUUGCCCCAAGGCAGAGCGGAGUGGACCAGGGAUCUCUUCUAAAAGAGGAGAUCCAGAGUCUGAGUGACAAGAGAGGCUUACGUUCUGGUUCAUCACUACUUCCAAAGUACCAUGAAGAGGUGUGAGCUUGGGGUUGGAAAGGAUCUCUGGAAAGAAGAAACUUGUGUCUCCUGUAAUCACCUUGCAGAGUGCAAAUGCAGUCACUUUUUACGUCAGAUCUUUGAAGCACUGUGACAGGACGUGGUGGCUGGGCCUUACUGAUGAGAAGAGCAUGUCCUGAGAGAUUACAGUGUACAGAGCACAGCUACAUGUUCAGAAAUUUGCACUCAGGAAAGAGUUUUUACCUUCAAUGCAGUUCACAUCAAGGUUCAGCCAUCUGUCAAAGUGAAGAAUGGAGCUCCUAUGUCAAUUAUAUGCCGUGCUGAUAUUAGCAAAAGUACCGAUUUCAACUUGCAGCAUAAUAUUACAAUUUUUAAGGAUGGCAAGCUUGUAUUCAUGAAUGUAUCAGGCAAAGGAGACGCACGAUAUGAAGUACCCAUGGCUAGAUCUUCACAUACAGGAGACUACCAAUGUGCUGUGGAAGCAGAUGGAAAGAUAAAAUACAGUGAUUCCCUACAUGUUUGGGUAACAGGAAUGACCAAACCAAUUCUGAUUGCUGAGAAAAAAGAAGUAUUUGAGGGUGAAGUCGUGAAGUUACGCUGUGAGCUGCCAGAAGAAGUGCCUCCAUUGCAUUUCAUUUUCCGGAAGAUGAAGAUGAAUUCAAAGCCUAAAGAAAAACUUAAAUAUGAACUACAGAGGAAUUUUUCUGUUAUAGAAUUUCCCAUUGAAGAAGGGGAUAAUAUUUUGCAAUUUGACUGUUUGGGUAAGAGAAGUGUAAAAUUUGAAUUUGAAACCUCAGAACCCAGCAACAGAACACUUAUAACAGUCAAGGAACCAUUUAUAAAGCCAACUCUGCGCAUCAAGCCCUCAAGUAACAUUACAGAAGGAAAAGAAAUACAAUUUGAGUGCUCGACUGUAGUAGCCAAAAUGCAUGACAUUGAAAUCAUACUUCUGAGGAAUAAAACAAUACUGAGCAGCGUACGAGAUCAGACAACUCUGAAAUAUUCUGCAGUAGCUACUCUGGAGGACAGCGGUGAAUACCUCUGUAAGGUGGAGGAAGGGAAAGCGUCUAAAAUUGCCACACGGAAUGUUGUUGUGGCAGAGUUAUUCCCCAAGCCAGUAUUGACUGCUUCUAUGAAUAAGCUGGAUGAAAAUAAAGAAUUAACUUUGAGUUGCAGCAUUAAAGAUUUUCAAAAUGCUAGCUUCUCUAUUUUACGGAGGAAUUCAAAUGGAGACAUCCUGUUGAGAAAUUCUAGGAACUUAACAACGAGAGCUAAUGUGAAUGAUACUGGAUCGUAUAUCUGCAAAGCUGAAGUGAACAGAAUAGUCAAGGAGAGCAAGCCUGUAAUGAUACAAGUUUAUGCUCCAGUUUCCAUGCCAAGUAUUUCUGUUUUCAGUGGUUUACCAGAAGUGGUUCUGGGGAGACCUCUGAAGUUAACCUGUUGUUUAAUGAUGGGAACACCACCAAUAACAUUCACAUUCUACAAGGGAAAUAAAGCUAAGAAAGAAAUAGUAACUAAUAACACAUGUGCUCUUUUCUUGGACGAAGAUAUUAAACAAAAUGAUAAAGGACAAUACAAAUGUGGUGCUAGAAAUCAUCACUCCAGUGGUAUGAAAACUAGCAAGAUUCUCAACAUCACAGUAAUAGUACCAAUCAGGAACAUCAGCUUGGGCAGUGUUCCUUAUGGGGAAGUGGAAGAUGGCAGUGAGACUGCUUUUCUCUGCUCUGUGAAAGAAGGAUCUUGGCCAAUCCUCUUCAGGAUUUUUAGAAAAACUGAUCGUGACGUUCUUUUAUUUGAAAGAAGUGAACAUGCAGACAGAGUCAUAUGGCAGAAGAAAGAGAUGAGCAGGCAGGACACGGGGACGUAUUACUGCAUUGCUUCUAAUCGAGCUAAUGUGAGUGCGAAAAGCCAUCCGAUAACCAUCAAUGUCAUAUUAGCAUCUUGGCAGAAAGGAGUAAUUACUGCAUUUGUCCUGAUACCUAUCGCAGGAGUGGUGAUUCUUGCUGUGUGGUGGUUUUGGUGUAAGAAGAAAAAUGCUAAAGGACCGUCCAUGGAGAUGUCUCGAUCUGCCUUGGCUACAAACUCAACAAGUGAGAAACUGUCAAGACAGCAUAAUGAUGGAGACUACUAUUCUGGAUCAGGUUACAUUGAAGAUGGUGAAAAUCACAUGAAAUCAACAGAUGAAAAUAAAGGACCUGACCUUGAGAGUGCUGAGGUGGAGUACACUGAAGUUGAAGUGUCAACGCUUGAUCCCCAUAGAGCUCCUGUACAGAAGGGGACUGAAACAGUUUAUAGUGAAAUCAGAAAAGCUAAUAAUGGCACAAUGCAUUGUCACAGAGGCCUAAACUGCAACUCGUUAAUACCUUGCUUCAUAAAUCAUUAGCAUUUUUGUUCACUUUGGCUGAAAGAACAAAAAAACUUGUGUUUCUCACGUAAGUUUUUGUUUCUGAUUAAACCAACUGAAAAUGUAGGGAUGGGUUUUAUACUGCAAUUAAAUUCAUGUGCUGCAGACACCUGAGCUUCUAGGACUUUUGUUAGUCUGAACAUUGUAGAUAGAAUUGUUUUGAAGAAAAUUGACAGUGUGCAGUUAAAGCAAUAAUCUGUUUCUCUGCAUUUUUUGCAUUUUUGCAGCCUAACUGCACGCCGUGUUCACAGUGCUGUUUUCAGUGAAGACAAAUUAUAGUCCUAAUGAAAUAAAAGUGCUGAUUGUAGAAACAGCAUGAGCCUAACUGCACACAAAUUUAUGUGAAUGUAAUCAUAAAGGAGACAGAAAGAGAAAUGAGUAUUUUAAUUUGCAAAGUUAGAUUUGCCUUUAUUCAGUUACUUCAUUCCUUGUGCUGGCUGCCAAAGGAGUUUCUAGAAGACCUUUAGAAAGGUCUGCUUGCAGUCCUUGUUUAAUCAUUCCAGAACAAUUCUCAAACUUUAAACAAGUGUUCUGCCUGUAGGAGGAUUGAUUAUAUUAUUUGCUAUUUUAAAAAUGUUUACUCAAAAGCACAGAUUAAGAGACUAUUCCAUGUCAAUAGAAAAAGUACUGAAAAUAUUAACCCAGAGUCCUAGCUCAAACCCUUUACUUUGAACACAACUUCUCCCUGCUGAAUUUUGUACACUUUCCAAGAAAACAACCUUCAAGACCGAGCAUCUGCUUUUGUAAGAUGAGCAAUAUUUUAACAAACCAUACAAAAGAGUCCAGUAAGACUCAAAUUCCUUCUCUGAAAAAGGACUUAUUUUCCUCAUGUCUCUCAAUUGUUUUACUUCCAGAGGACAGGAAAAUGUUCAUGUUCUAGUAUUUGAAGGCAUUGUCUGAAACUUCUGAAUAGCUGAAUCUGCUCUAAAAAGUAAAUGUAAAAUCUAAUUUUAAAGUUUACUAUCCUAAAUGUAAAGAGCCCACUGGCUCCCAAGUUUUCAUUGGAAAUAAGCAGCUUUUUACUAACAAAAUUUCAGGCAUCUUUGUGUGAUCUUAUUUGGCUCUGAAAAUUGUUUCCUAUAUCAGGUUUCUGCAAUGUAGUAUUUUCCUGGCAAGGAGCUGGAAGAGGAAAUACAGUGCUCAUGAGAACUUGCCUCUGAAAGGAAAACUUUUUUGUCCAGUAACAGCUUGUGCUCUCAGAAGAAACUUCUGCUCUAAGCCACUGUCAAGAAAGCUGUCAGACAUACUGAUGGACAUGGUUUUGAGAUGUCUGGUCCUAACCAUGUACUUGAAUGAGCUAGAGCUCAAAUAUUUUCUAGAGCCAGAGUUUGAACCUUAGUUGAAGGUAACAGUUCUGCAUCAUUGCAAGGCCAACAAAAGAAGCUGUUACACAGAGCAGCCUAUCUGCUGAAACACAGAACUGAUCACUCCACAAUGUACCACUUUGUAAUUUAUACACUGUGUUU